AAUCAUAUGCUCUCUUCCCUGCUCCUCUGUUCAUACCGCUUUCCCUUUCUGUCUGUUGCGCUCCUUCUUACACCUCUCUACCCUCCUCUUUCUUCCUGUUUUUAUAAUGCACACCAGAUGUACAUUGAAGUACAGAUUGAACUUGUAUUUACAAUGAUAAUAUUUAUGAUGCAUGCAUUAUGUAUUUAUAUUACUUGGAUAACGAACUUCUUUCAAGAAAGCGUUUCACAUUCUCAACUGGUUGAAAGUAAGUCUCUGAUUUGAUGAAAUACUACACCUAUCCUGUGUCCUCAGAUCAAUGCGGAUGAAGGGAGUUUGAUAUUGAGAUGAACCGGUUUUAGAGUAUUUACAUGACGCGUAGGAAGUGUAGUGUGCUGUUUUUUAAAUUCUGUUUCUGUAUAUAAGAAUUACAAACCAGGGGCCUGUUGCACAAAAGUAGAAUUAAGACAUCCGGGAUAAAUGACUCAGCUGAGCUCAAUGAAGCCAAAACAUGUGCGUCCAGGCUUAAUUGGUUGCACAAAGACCAAGCCAGGAUGAGCAGACACGGAUUCAUUAAGCCAGGUGAAACCAAUCCUGGAUAGGUGCGCGCUCACGGCUCACUCAAAUAGACCCCGCCACAGAUCACAGAUUAACUGAUUUACCAUGGCAACUAGAGCCGCGUACUUUUCCCCGUCGGAAGCACAAAUCCUCAUGGAGGCAUACGAGGAGGUAAAAGAUAUAAUUAAGAAGAAAGGCAACACCGCCACAGUGAUAAAGCAAAGAGAAAAAGCGUGGCAAAGUAUUGCAGACCGCCUGAAUGCGUAAGUAGUGCACAAUUACACACUCACCGCUCCGCUGAAACAUCACAAUUACAAUUCAAAUAUUUAAUUCACAUCUCCAAAAAUGCAGUUGUACUGUAAUUAUGAAACGGUUAAAUUUUUAAUUGAAAUGCACUGCAGAUAUGAGUGAAAUUGUGUAAAGUAACUCCAUCACACUGUAUAAAGCUAUGAUAAAUUUUUUGAUAUUUUUACUGAAAACAAGACAAAAAUACCAAGUAAUUUUUGCAGUGUGACUCCAUUAAAUGUGUGUGUGUGUGUGUGUGUGUGUAGAUUAAACAUGAACGGGCCAAAACGGACAUGGCAGCAGGUCAAAAUCAAAUACAAGAACAUUCUGCAGAAUGCAGUGAAAAAGAAUACCCACAGACAAGGCACGGGUGGUGGGUCACCAAAGGCUGACCUUACCCCAGCAGAGGACAUGGCCUUGGAGCUAAAUAAAGGCCGGCCCGUCUUAGAGGGGAUCCCUGGGGGAAAGAGACGAGCAUAGGUUCCUCCCAAGAUGCCACCCGCUUCAUUCAAGUGCCUGGCAGCACUGUGUUCCUGUUAGAGCCACCAGCACAAGCACCAGACGAUGCUGAUCCAGGUGAAGGCCCCAGUGCAGCAGCAACAGCACAUGAUGGAGACGAUGAUGAGGAGGAGACCAUCUCUCUGGAUUCCAGAAGGCAUGAGGACCCAGAUGCUAUACAGUGGGAAAACCAGCCUGGCAACAUAAGCUCACAAGCUAUCAGAAAGUUGUAUGGCAACCACCUCCGGCGCCAAAUAGAACUGGCAGACAUAGACAUUCAGUACAAGAAGAAAAAGAUGGAAAAUCUUGCACUGGAGUCCGAAAUAAAAAAGAGGACAAUUAGGAAACUGGACCUUGAAAUAAAAAAACUUGAGAGGGAGCUCCAAGAAGAUGACACAGCUCAAAAUAAAAAUUAGGUAUAUUCUCGUAAAGUCAAGUGAGCCAUGACAUAUGAGCUCUUAUUGUGAGCACACAGGACGGUGGCAUCUUUCUAAGGUUUUUUUUAUUUUCCCAGCAAUCAGUACAACCAAGUCAUCGUUAUAAGGCAUCGCCCUCUUUUGCCCACCCCCAGCACCAGGUGUGGCCACUAGCCUAUAUGAAGGCCCAAAAUUGUGUGUUCCUUUCUGCUCUGACAAUGGCAUGCCCAUUCGUGCGAGAUGUGGUGGAUGAAGAAGCACUUGUGCUGAGGAGAGCCUUCAGGCGAGAAAGGGUCUUCAGGGACCGGUUGGACCCACUGGCCUUCCCUGAUGACCAUCUAUAUGAAAGAUACAGGUUUUCUGCAGAUGGCAUCAGGUAUCUAUGCAGACUACUGGGUCCCAGGAUUAAGCACCGCACUGCACGGAGCCAUGCACUGAGUGUGGAGCAAAUGGUUUGUGUGGCCUUGCGCUUUUUUGCUAGUGGAGCCUUCCUGUACUCAGUGGGGGAUGCAGAACAGCUGAACAAGGCCACAAUUUGCCGCACAAUAAGGAGUGUGUGUCUGGCUAUCAAAGCAUUAGCAGAUGUCUUCAUCUCCUUCCCUGGCCACAGAAGACUCUGUGACAUCAAAGAGGAGUUCUAUAGGAUUGCAGGUUUCCCCAAUGUCAUUGGUGCAGUGGACUGCACACACAUAAGGAUAAAAGCCCCCUCAGGUGCCCAUGAGGCCGAUUUUGUGAAUAGGAAAUCCUUUCACAGCAUUAAUGUUCAGAUGGUCUGCAAUGCUGACUGUGUGAUCAGCAAUGUUGUGGCAAAAUGGCCUGGCUCAGUCCAUGACUCCAGAAUCUUUCGGGCCUCUGAAAUCUCUCAGUGCCUAUCACAAGGUGAAUUCUCUGGUGUGUUGCUGGGAGACAGGGGGUAUGGCUGCCAGCCUUUUCUCCUGACACCUUUCACAGACUCCCAGGAAGCACAGCAGGCCUACAACCAUGCCCAUGCCAGGACCAGGGCCAGAGUUGAAAUGACCUUUGGCCUCCUGAAGGCACGCUUUCACUGCCUUCACAAAUUAAGGGUCAGCCCUGUUAGGGCAUGUGAUAUUACUGUGGCUUGUGCUGUCCUCCACAAUGUGGCCUGCCUGAGGAAGGAGAGGGCCCCAGAGUGCCACCAGCCAUGGACUGGGACAAUCCGGCAAUCUUCCCUGAUGACGACAGUGGUCGGCUGCUGAGGGACCAAUAUGUGUUGAAUUAUUUUAGUUAGUAUGUGUGCUUUCAAUUUUGGUUAAAUAUGUCCUGCGGUGGCAGAGGAAUUUGGGUUUUUUUGGGUUCGUUUUUUGACGAAUUUGGCCUCUUAUGAUGUUUGUGCGGUAUACUGUGUGUAAUACAAGGCUGCAGGGAGGCUACUGCAUCCAUUCAUUUGUCUGUUCAGUUGAUGUGUAUGGAUUUGUCCUGCAUUUAUUUUAGUGUGCAGACAUGCAGGGUGUGUUAUAUACAGACCUUUGAAUGUGUAUGUAUAAUUUUGUAUAAUAUGCUUGGAUUCUGUGCUUUCCAUCUUGUAGAGUCACUGUGACUUCAGUUUCGAAAGGAGCUGAUGGUUUACCUGCUUUGUUUUGUCCUUAUUCAAUAAAGGAACAUAAUGUUACACAUUGUGUUUUUAUAUUCA